AUGAGGAAUCAGAAACGGAAGAAACGAAGAGUAGUUGAGUGUAACAAAGAUGAUUAUAUCAGCAACCUUCCCAACAUAAUUUUGAGCAAGAUUUUGUCUUCCCUCAAUGUCAUGGAAGCUGUCAAGACCAGUGUUCUCUCGUCCAAAUGGGAGCACAUUUAUGCCAAUCCAACAAGCCUUAUUUUUAAUGAAGACAACAUGCUAAAGAGAGAUCACUCAGCUAGAAAUGCUUGGCAGUACCAAAGCGAGGUACUAAGGUUCAAAUUCAGAAGGGAAAGAACUUUAGCCUUCGUUAGUAAUGUGAACCAGUACUUGUCACAUGUUGAACAGGUGCAAAAGAUUGACAGCUUAAAGGUUUGCUUCACAUUUAGCAACAACAGCCAUGGUUCCACUGAUCUGGAUGAGUGGAUUCGUUUUGCCAUCAAGAAAAAUGUGGAAGAGAUUGAUCUUUGCUUGUUGGAAGAAGAGAAUCGCCUCAGUGCUCCAAAUGAUGCCUCCCUCCAUGUCUUCCCUUGUGAUAUUGUUGGCAACGAGGGUGCAAGUGGCUUCAAGUCCUUUCUGAAGUGUCUACGCUUGGCAUAUUGUGUACUUGCCCCCCACAUGCCAUAUAACCAUGGUUUUAACACACUCACAACAAUGCAACUCUUCCGAGUGGAUCUGAAAUCUGAGGUGCACAUCCAGAUUUUGUUGUCUAGCUGCAGCAACCUAGAAUGGUUGGGGUUCUCUGAGUGCUACAAUAUGGAAAACCUGAGAAUAGAGAAACCCUUUUGCCAGAAAUUGAAGUACCUGAACGUGGGUCUCUGCCAACAAUUGAAGAAACUUGUGCUCCACAGCAACAGUUUGGAGACCUUGGAAUACAGGGGAAGCAAAGUUGAAUUUGAGUUUGAGGCGCCAACUCUCAAGUCAUUCUACAGUCCUGUGAGUGAUUCCACUGCUUGUCAUAACGAGCUUUGGCCAAUCCUCAGACUUCCCACUGAUCUACCCCAGCUGGAAACUUUGAUCAUGCAGUGCAGCUGUUUCAUGGGUGAGGUUAUGAAAAACAAAAUGCCGGCAUUAACAUUUACAUGUUUGAGGCAUCUGGAAGUUAUUAAAGUGGCUACACUUCGACAGGACCUGUGGUGGGUAGCCAUAAUCCUGAAAACAAGCCCUGUUCUCAGAAGACUAGAGUUGCAUUUAAGGACAUAUUUUUGUAUUGAUGAAGAGGUGAGUGAAAGUGAUUGGCCUCCUGGAUUCUCAAACGAACAUCUGAAGGAAGUGGUAAUAACUGGCAUUAGAGGACACUCAAGUGAAAUUGAAAUUGCAGCUUAUCUUCUAAGGCAUGCAACUGCGCUUGAGAAGAUGAUAAUAGACCCAAGUGCAAAAGUUUACCUGGGGAAUGGUAAAUGGGAUCACGCAGAAGUUUUUGGGAAUUGGAUCAGGGAGGGGAGGGAGAAGGUUCAAAAACAUCUAAAUCAAGAAGCUAAUUCUUCAGCAGUGGAACUGUUGAUAAAAUUCCAUUUACCACUUGACAGCAUGCAUUCAGAAAUCAGAGAACGUAGCGAAGACAACAACGCAGAAUAG